AUGGGAACCAUGCUCCCCGUAGACGAGAAAUCACCCAUUGAUGACCGCAUCGAGGACAUCGGGGGAAAAGGUCUUACCGACGAGAUUGAUGAUGAAUUCACACCGGAAGAGCAGAAGAGAAUCAUUCGGCGCGUUGACCUGCGUCUGGUGAGCAUGACCGGAUUGGCUUAUUGCAUCUCGCUCAUGGACCGGACGAAUCUGGGCAUGGCAGUCAUUGCAGGUCUGAAGGAAGACUUGCGAUUGGAUAUCGGCCAGCGCUAUUCCAUCGUUGUCUUGAUGUUCUUCGUACCCUAUAUCAUCUUCCAACCAUUGAUGACGGUCAUUAUUCGGAAGUUGGGCCCGACAAUAUUCCUAUCGUCGAUUGUUGUAUCUUGGUCAGGGAUUAUGAUUGGAAUGGGAUUUGUUGAGGACUGGGGGCAAUUGCUUGGUACGCGUGUGCUUCUGGGACUCCUGGAAGCUGGUUACUUCCCUGGAUGUGUCUACCUGCUAUCUUGCUGGUAUACUCGAUAUGACAUUCAGAAGCGAUUUUCCCUUUUCUAUCUCAUUGGCUGUGUCGCAUCUGCGUUAGCUGGCAUCCUCGCCUUUGGUCUGAUGCAAAUGGAUGGAACGCAGGGGUUAGCAGGCUGGAGAUGGAUUUUCAUCAUCGAGGGAGUGAUCACCGGGAUUAUUGGCAUCCUGUGCUUCUUCUUCUUCGUCGACUUCCCUGACCGCGCGCACAAGUCUUGGCAUUUCCUAAACGAACGAGAAUGCGCAUUCAUCAUUCGUCGCAUCAAUAAAGACCGAAAUGAUGCUGAUAUGGAGGCGUUCUCUCUCAAGAAAUUCUUGAAGCCUGCGUUGGACAUUAAGAACUGGGGCUUUGCAAUGAUCUUCUUAUGUCUUACUGCUGUUGCCAUCGCCAUUGGAUACUUCCUACCCAUCAUUCUCAGCCUCGGUAUGGGCUUCGGCGUUGGCGAAUCGCAAUGCUUGGCCGCACCACCCUACGCAUUUGCAGGAAUCAUCAUGUACGGCACCGCCUGGGUAGGCGAUAAGUACCACACGCGGGCGCCGAUUCUGAUUUUCAACGCUUUGCUCACCAUCAUCGGUCUGCCAAUGAUGGGAUUCGCCAAAAGCCCUGCUGUUCGCUACGUGGGCGUGUUCUUCACGGUUGCUGGGGCCAAUGCCAAUAUCCCCACUUGCAUGGCGUACCAGGCGAAUAAUGUGCGUGGCCAGUGGGCGCGUGCUUUCUCCAGUGCUUCGCUUGUUGGCGCCGCAGGCAUCGGUGGUAUCAUGGGUAGUUUGGUGUUCCGGGAACAAGACGCGCCCGGGUACAAGCCGGGAAUGUAUACCGCUAUCGGCUGCAAUAUCCUCGUUAUCAUCCUUACUAUCAUUAUGAGUGUGUGGUUCAAGAUCUGCAAUAAGCAGGCGGACCAGGGAAAGCGGGUCAUUGAGGGCGAUGCGUCAUUCCGAUACACCAUUUAA